UGAUAAUCAAAGAUGUCGAUUGCUUUGCACAUAAAUUGUUGCGUUAUUGCGCUGUUGAUAUUCGCAAGCGAAACUUUUGCAAAUCCCACUUCACGAAAGGAUGAAGAAUUCACCAUCAGAAUUGUUCACACGAAUGAUAUGCAUGCGAGAUUCGAGGAGACGUCGCAAUUAUCGACGGCGUGUACACCGCAGGACUCCGAUGCCGGGAAAUGUUACGGAGGUUUUGCCAGGAUCGCGACCCUGGUUCGCCAAGCGAAGUCGGAAUCGCCGUCGACGAUCUUCCUGAAUGCCGGCGACACUUAUCAAGGAACCGCCUGGUACAACGUGUACAAGUGGAAGGCGGUGUCUUGGUUCAUGAAUCUCUUACAGCCGGAUGCUAUAUCCUUGGGCAACCAUGAAUUCGACGACGGCGUGAAAGGUCUGAUACCCUUCAUACAAAACGCUUCGUAUCCCAUUCUGACAGCAAAUCUGGAUCUCAGCAAGCAACCGGAUUUGGCAGCUACCAAUCUGAAAAACAGCACGAUCCUUGAAGUAAACGGUCACAAAAUCGGAGUGAUUGGCUACUUGACGCCGGAGACGACGGUUCUGUCGAGUACAGAGAAUGUGGAGUUCAAGGAUGAGGUGGAGUCCAUUCGACGCGAAGCUAAGAUGUUAAAAGAGCAGGGUGUCGACAUUCUCAUCGCUCUGGGCCAUUCGGGCUACGAGACCGACAAAAGGAUCGCGCGGGAGGUCGAGGAUAUCGAUCUGGUGAUCGGCGGUCACACCAAUACCUUUUUGUAUCGCGGCAAACCUCCGGACUCCGAGGUGCCGGAGGGUUUCUAUCCUACAGAGAUCAUUCAGAAGAGCGGUAGAAAGACCUAUGUUGUUCAGGCAUACGCAUACACCAAAUACUUGGGUAAUUCCGUGAGUUUUGACGCCAGAGGAGAAGUAACGCACAUCGAGGGAAACCCGAUUCUUGUGGACGCCAAGGUGGAGCAGGCGAAGGAUAUUCUAAAAUUGAUAAGUGAUAAGAGAAAACCCAUUGACGAAAUGGAACACAAAAUAAUUGGAAAAACGCGAGUGCUCCUCGACGGGGACUUCCAGAGCUGCAGACGACAAGAAUGCAACAUGGGCAACUUAAUCUGCGACGCUAUGCUUGAUUACUAUGCCGGGGAAUACUUGAAUAAGGACGGAUGGACGGAUGCCGCCAUCGCGAUCCACAACGGCGGCAGCAUCAGAGCAUCCAUCACCAGAGCAAGAAACGAUGAUAUCACCCGGAAAGACAUUAUAAGUGUCUUACCCUUCGGGAAUAUCAUCGUGAAGCUUUCUGUGACCGGAGAGCUGAUCCUUUCGAUGUUGGAAUGGAGCGUCCAUAAUUUAGAUAACUUAACUUCUACCGGCAACCUAAACGGCGCGUUUCUACAAUAUUCGGGAUUGCAGGUAGCUUAUGACAUAAAUCGACCACCGAACUCGAGGGUAGUUUCCGUUCAAGUGCAAUGUGCUACUUGUCGAGUACCGACGUACAGCAAACUCCAACCAAAUCUUACCUACAAUAUCCUCAUAAAUGAUUUCAUUGCAAAGGGUGGAGAUGGUUUUCAUAUGUUGGAGAGUAUUGAAAGAACUCCGCUAAGUAUCACUCUAGCGGAUGUAUUGGAGCGAUAUAUCGAAAAACACAGUCCGAUAUAUCCGGGCGUAGAGUGGAGAAUUUCGUACGUAAAUAGCAAUUCUUUUUGCGAUGAUAUGAACAAAGGUGAUAAUAAUCUCGGGACGACGUAUCGACCGAUUGGGAUGGCAAUUCUUUUACCAAUAAUUACUUUGUUAUUGAUAGUAUAAGGAAAAUGCUAUCAACAGAGUUGGGCAGAUAUAUAUCUUAAAGUAUCUGAGAUAUAUAUUUAAAUAUAGUAUUUAAAUACCGAAUAAUCAAGUAUUUCGAAUUUUGUAAUUAAUUGUUUAAUUUAAAUGC